AUGAUUCAGCCCCUCCAACGCAGUGAUGCUGGCUGCCGUGUUGAUGUGGAACUAGUAAACCAGGCCAAUGCAGAACGCGAUUAUUGGCGUGCUGUACUUCAACGGAUAGUAGAAACUAUCCGUUACCUAUCUGAGCGUGGUCUACCAUUUCGUGGCUCAAAUGAAAUAUUCGGAUCACCCAGAAACGGUAACUACUUGGGUACAUUGGAACUGCUCGCCAUAUUCGAUCCAUUUCUUGCGCAACAUAUCAAACGUAACGCAAACAAGGGACGAGGUCACACUUCCUAUUUGUCGAAGAUAAUUUGCGAUGAAUUUAUCUAUUUGUUAGCAAAUCGCGUACGCGAGUAUAUCGUUACGGAGAUGAAGUCCGCCAAGUAUUACUCAGUUUCUGUGGAUUCGACCCCUGAUAUUUCCCAUGUUGACCAACUCACCUGCAUUCUUCGGUACGUUUUACCAUCAGGUCCUGUUGAACGAUAAUUAACUUUUCUUAACAUGCAAGGUCACACUAGAUCUAGAAAAGAACUAGCAGAAAGCUUGCUCGAGUUUUUGAAAGCCCAUGACAUCGCCAUUGCCGAUUGCCGUGGUCAAUCUUACGAUAAUGCGAGCAAUAUGAGCGGAAAAUAUAAUGGCAUGCAGGCCAUUAUUCGGCAACAAUGUAAUCUGGCUGAGUAUGUACCCUGCGCCGCACAUUCCCUCAAUCUGGUUGGUCAGACUGCAGUAGGUUUUGCACGCUGGCCAUUGGAUUCUUCAGGUUCCUUCAAGGUCUAAUGGACUAUACUCCUUCUUUUCUGCUUCACCGCAUCGUUGGAAAGUUCUGAUGGAUCAACUGUCAAUCGAGGGCCUGCCAACAGUCAAACGCAUGUCAGAUACUCGCUGGUCAGCACGCGCAGACGCCACAAAGGCUCUAGUCAAGGGCUAUGAUGAAAUUAACGACGCAUUGGUAGAAAUCGCAGACGACGAAGAGGAGAAAGCCGAAACCCGAGAGGAAGCCCGCGGACUUGCUAUCAAAAUGAACCAACUCGAAACCGGGAUUCUGGCAGCUCUGUAG